GAAAAGUGUUUUUUUUUUCUUUCUUUUUUUUUCGGCGGGCCGCGCGGCCAGGCGCCCACGUCACGCUCCGUCCAGCUGUUGCACCUGCGCGAAUCGGUACCGUUAAGAUGCUGCGGGGAUAAAGCCUCGAACCGGACGCCGUUUCAGCCUCGAGUUCGGCCAGCCCGGUCCGAACCGCUCGGCCCGCCAUUGUUCCUGACCGACAACCGCGCAGAGGUUCCGUUCGGACCGUGGGCGGAUUAGCGGCGCCGCGGCUGUUGCUGUCGGAGGAGACCCACGGCGCGAGACGGGGUCCACGCGGAGGGAGCACGAGCCCAGCCCUGUCCCUUUAACGCGCCGCCAGAGGGGGGGAGAGGAGAUCACAGGAGGAGCGUGGCGUGGGGUGGGGGGGAGAACACAGGAAGGUGUCCUCCACGCACCGAGGCGGAGCCACGCACCGAGGCCGGCCGGCGGGCUGCUCAGGCGGGGGAGGGACUGCACGCAACACCGAGGCCUGGAUCCUGCAGCCGAGGCCUUCGUGGAGACCCGAAUAAAACCGAGCCGGAAAGAUCUGCAGAACCGAGCCGGUCCCACUGCACGUGUUCAAAGGCACCGUGACACCAACCAUCCAUGAUCAGAACCGGGCCAUAACGGACAGCAGAACCGGGCCGUGCUGCCUCUCUUAGGCCGAACAUCGUCCACCUGCCAGGCAGACAGGAGCCACCAGGCCCCCAGCAUUUGGCCCCGGGCCCCCGCCUCCUCCUCCUCCCUCACUGCGGCCCCUCAGCAUGGACACCUCCUGGAGCAAUUUCCUCUUCCAGACGGCGCCGACUCAGAGCCAACCUGAGACGGCGCUUCAGUCCGAGCUGCUGCCGGACCUGACCGGCUCGGUCCAGAGUCCCCCGGCGGAGCACAUCGUGGCGCCGCCGUCCACCGUGGACACGGCCGCCCUGAGCGAGGAGCCGCUACCAGUCAAGCCGCUGUCCAAACCGAGCCGUCCGGCCCACAUCUGCGCCACCUGCAACAAGGAGUUCAAGAACAGCUACAACCUGCGGCGGCACCAGUCCGUCCACACCGGCAUCAAGAUGAAGGACCGGGCGGCCCGGGAGAAGGAGGACGGCGCCAAGGCGGCCCGGCUGGAGAAGCAGACCAUCCCCCUGUCCCUGCUGCAGCUCACGCUGCCCCCCCAGCCUCCGGCCGGCGCCCCCGACGGCCUCCCCCAGCCCGGUCCGCCGGCCCACCAGGACGGCCAGCCGGUGCCGGUGUCCAUCGCCCCGGCGACCGUCUCCAUGGCUGCCGCGCCUCAGCCCAUCCAGGCAGCGAUCGUGGUGGUGGGCUCCAUGGAGCAGAACCCCGUCUCCGUGGCCAGCGCCAACCAGGUGAGGAAGAACCACGCCUGCGAGGCGUGCGGGAAGGCCUUCAGAGACGUGUACCACCUGAACCGGCACCGGCUGUCCCACUCGGACGAGAAGCCGUACACCUGCCCCAUCUGCCAGCAGCGCUUCAAGAGGAAGGACCGCAUGAGCUACCACGUCCGCUCGCACCAGGGCGGCGUGGAGAAGCCCUACAUCUGCCCCCACUGCUCCAAGGCCUUCUCCAGGCCGGACCACCUCAACAGCCACGUCCGCCAGGUCCACUCCACAGAGAGGCCCUUCAAAUGCACGACGUGCACGUCGGCGUUCGCCACGCGGGACCGUCUGCGCGCUCACCUGAUCCGCCACGAGGAGAAGGUGCCGUGCCACGUCUGCGGGAAGCUGCUGUCGGCCGCCUACAUCACCGACCACAUGAGGGUCCACAACCAGGCGCAGCACCACUCCUGCCACCUCUGCAACCGCACUUUCACCACGCUCACCUACCUGCGGGUCCACGCCCAGAAGCACCACGGUCAGGAGUGGAAGGAGAGCGGCGGGGCCCGGGGGGCCUUCGGCGGCGCCGGCGCCGGAGGCGUGCUGCUCUGCCAGCUCUGCGGGGUCCAGUGUAAGACGGCCACGCAGCUCCAGGGUCACAUGGGCACCCACGCCCAGCAGGGCGACCCCCCCACCACCACGGAGCCCGUCGGCACCACCAGCGUGGCGGUUACCGUGUCCGGUCCCAACGCCGCGGGCCUGAUGGUCACCGACUGCUCCAGCAUCGCCCCCCCGCCCCACAGCUAGCGCGCUAACAGGGGGGGAGCCGGCGGCGGCGGGUCAGGUUGUUGCCAAACAUGGACUCGGAUCAGAAGAACCUUCCUGUUAUUGUCGCCUGAAGCGGCGGAUCCACCGCUGAGACUCACAGACUGGACCCGGGACAUGAAGGAGGAUCUAGGGAACUUCUCUGGUUCCCGUGGUUCCUCAGCUAGCUGCCACUAGUUUAUUCUCCAUCUGAGCUGCUCGGGUUCUCCGGGUUUUGUAAAGCCGUUGAUGUUUUUAGCCCAUUUCUACUCCAUCAUAUCAGUGUUUGUUUCUGAAGAACCGACCAGAUUUAUACGCGCGGGGGGGGGGGGGGGGCAGUUCGGCGCCAUCGGACCAGAACCGCUCCAGCGGCGCCGCCGUGACGGGCCGGGCUCUGCGAGCAGAACUUUUCUACAGCUGUGGUGUAAAUUCUGCUGAAGACUGAAUGUUCCGUAGUGGUCUGCUCCGUCAGAUGUUUGUUCUGGAUGCUGCUCUGUAGCUCCUCCAGAGACUCUUCUUCUUCUUCUGUGGUCGUUCUGCUGAUUGUAACUGAUUAUUGUUCCUGCAUUAAACUGCCGUCUGACCUGGAGCUGACCGCAGAUCAGCUGGAGAACCGCAGCCUGAGAACACA